AUGCCCGCGCGAACGAGUCGCGGCGCCGGGACGACGCGUCGAAAGGCGUCCACCGGAAGAUCGUCCGAUCGUCGCGGUGACUCCUCCUCGGACGACACCGACGGGACGCUCUCGGACUCGGACUCGAGCACGUCGCAAACCUCCCUGUUCGGCGCCAUCGAAGACGGGGACGUGGACGAGUUUAACAGAAUCGCUCGAAACGACCCAGAGGCGUUUAAGCACGUGAACUCCAACGGAUGGACCGCGGCUCAUCAAGCGGCGUACAGCGGAGAGCAUAAGAUGCUGAAGAAGGCGCUUGAGGCUGGCGUGGACGUGAACGCGAAGUGCGCCGACGGCUGCCUCGCCGCGCAUUACGCGAGCGCGCAGGGAGAGAAGAAGUGCUUGCAGGUGUUGUUCGAUUUCGGAAGCGAAAUGGAGACCAAGGAUAAUGACGGAGAAAGCCCUCUGGACGUGUCCACGAACACCAUUCGCGAGCUCUUAGCUGAUCUCAUUGUCGACGCGAGAACGCGCAGGACGGGUGCUCAAUAA